AUGUCUCGAUUUCCCGACUACUACAAGCUGCUUGGUGUCUCAAAGACCGCAACACACGACGAAAUUCGGACUGCAUAUAAGAAAGAGUCCCUCCGCACGCACCCAGACCGUCUAGUCAACGCCUCCACCGCCGACAAGAAAAAGGCCACCGAGCGAUUUCAGGCGGUCGCUGACGCGUAUUAUGUCCUCUCCGACCCAACCAGAAGACGUGAAUAUGACUCUCUAUAUGGCAGUCGUGCCGGGUCAGAGCGCUCCGCUGACCCUGGCUCGUCAAACAACGCAUUCUUCUCUGCGUUUGCAAAUGCUUUUUCUGGAGGUGGAAGUAGCAAUGCGACGCCGGCAGCAGAGCCAGCGCGGCCAGAGGCAGACCACGUAUUUGCCGAUGUAUUUGAGGAGCUACUACGCCCGGAGGUUGAACGACACGCACCAUGGUGGGCCUGGUUUGGCGCGAUCUGCGGUGCCGGUCUGGGCUUCAUAAUCGCCAACUUCCCUGGCCUCAUGGUCGGCGCUGUCGCUGGCAACCGCCUCGGUGCGAUUCGUGACGCAAAGGGCAAGAGUGUCGCUGCAGUGUUUGGCCAGCUUGGCGGGAGCCAGAAGGCAGAGGCGCAUUUUGCGUGCGCUGGCGAUGAAAGUGCUCGGGACUGCAUCUGCAUUUUGAUGUGA